UAAAAACAAUGUUACAUAUUUUCUUUCUCCUGCUUCAUGUUUAUAAGAUAUCAACUGGUAUUCCAUAUCACCUCGUAUUUGAUGAAAGCUCAGUGUACACUCACAGCGUAUGGAAAGAGAAAUUAUUUGCAUUGCAACUUCGUGGAAGUGCUCAAAGCAUGCUGGAUGAGGAGGUUUCCAGAAAUUUAUUUAAAGAAUUUAUGAAUAUAUUUGAACGAAGUUACAAACAUGAUGAAGAAUAUCAUCAAAGAUUUCAACAUUUUAAGGAAAGUCUCAGAAGGCAUGCAGUAUCAAACGAACGAGAGAAACGUUUGAAUGGAACAGCGAAGUAUGGAAUAAAUAAAUUUGCAGAUUGGUCAAAGGAAGAAUUUGAAAAUUUGUUCAGCGAUGUCCAACCACAACGAGAUAAAUAUGUUUCUAUGAGUAAUAACUUCAAGCCGAUGGAUGUUGUUGCAGAGACAGAAAACAUUCAAACACCCUGCCUUCUGCAUCGUCGCAAUCCUGACAAGAUAGAUUGGAGAAAGAAGAUAACUGCUAUUAAAGAUCAAAAGAGUUGCGGCAGCUGUUGGGCAUUUGUUGGUGCAGAGCAAGUUGAAACCUACUGGGCUAUAAGUGGUAAUCCAUUAAUGGAGCUAAGCCCUCAAGAACUGCUAUCUUGCUCACCUUACAUGGGAUGUGAAGGGGGAAACACGUGUGCAGCUUUAAGAUGGCUUAUUGACAUGGAUAGAGUCCUUGUGACGGAAAAGGCAUAUCCAUAUGAAGGAAAGGAUAGCAAAUGUCAGUACCGUAACCUAACAGAUGUUGGUCCGAAGAUUAGUCAUGUGUGUGGUUGUAAGCCAGUCGUCAAGAAUGAGGAAUACAUGUUGUAUUCUUUAUCGCAGAAAGGUCCACUUGGUGUGAACGUUGACGCAGUACUAUGGCGUGACUAUAUUGGUGGAAUCAUUCAACAUCAUUGCACCCAUCGUCUAAUGAAUCAUGCAGUACAACUGGUUGCGUAUUAUUUAAAAGAUGGUCCUGUGCCAUAUUAUGUAGCAAGAAAUCAAUGGGGUCGUUCGUUUGGCGAAGAUGGUUUUGUUAGAAUUAAAUAUGGUGGCAAUGUAUGUGGAGUUGCUCAAGAACCUUCAUUUAUUGAAUUAUGAUGUGUAUUUUAUAUAGUAACAUAAUUAAUAUAACUAGCAGUUUAGAUAUUAUACCACAUUUUUAAAACACGUACAUACCUUUAUGACCAACCUGAAUGUUUUUUGAAUUUACAGAAUAUCAAUUUACUUUCACUUUUUUUAAUAUUUGUGAGUUAAUAAUACCUAUAUUCUCAGCAUUGUGUUUCUUAUAUAAAAAAAGUAUAUAUUUUAUAUUUUUUCACCUUAUUUUUUUAAUAAUAAUUACAAUUUUUCUUUGUCAUUUUGUUUUGUAUACAUUAAUGUUGAAUUUUAAUUAAAAAGAAAACUAUCGUUGUUAUGCGG